AUGUCAAACGGCCAAGUUCAAACCUUCGGUAAGAAGAAGACAGCCACCGCUGUCGCAACUUGCGUCUCUGGAAAGGGUUUGAUCAGAGUGAAUGGCUCUCCAAUCCAACUCGUUCAACCUGAAAUCUUAAGAUACAAGGUUUACGAGCCAGUUCUCGUCGUUGGUGAAUCCAAGUUCUCUCCAGUCGACAUCAGAGUCAGAGUCAACGGUGGUGGUGUUACCUCUCAAAUCUACGCCAUCCGUCAAGCCAUCUCUAAGGCCCUCGUCGCUUUCUACGCAAAGAACUUCGAUGCUGCCUCAGCCCUCGACUUGAAGAAGACUCUUGUCUCAUACGACAGAACUCUCCUCGUUGCUGACCCACGUCGCUGCGAGCCAAAGAAGUUCGGUGGUCCAGGUGCUCGUGCUCGUACCCAAAAAUCUUACCGUUAA